AUUGCCGCUGGGGACCUAUUUAGCAUAGACGAUUCCUAUCGGGGGUUAAAACUGGAAUUGUGAGAAACUAUGAGCGCGCUAUUUAAACGGCGCGAGUAACUAACUACCGUUUGUAUGCCUUUCAAUUGUGAGAGAGAGGAAAUGGAGUGUCAGGUAGUGUUGUUGAAGAGAGAAGACUGUUUCCACCCCAAACACGACUCUCUUUUCUACGACUGGAAGGUUCUCGUCGGGCCUUCUGAUUGGGAAGACCACUCCCUGUGGAAAGGAGCAGAGAGAUACAGGGUUCACAAUCUCCCGAACUGUUAUUCAUGUCCAGGGCUUUAUGAGCUUGGCAUAGUUAUAUCAGGAGCUCAUUCAGGAAGCAAGAUCGGAAAUCUUGAUCCAGUUCCCUUUUACCUUGGACAAACUGGCAAUGUUAGGAGUAGACUGCAGUGUUAUGGCCGCGAAGGCGCUCAUUUAGAAAAUGGCAACUUCAAUGGUCAGGUGAAUGAUUAUGUACCCCAACAAGGGCAUGGAGCGUUUUCGGAGGCCUUCUCCAGGGGCUACACCAUCGUGUAUAGAUGGGCUCCUAUGAAAAAUAAGGAGGAGGCUGAAAAGGCAGAAACUCGACUGCUUAACACCUAUGAUUAUGCAUUGAACAAAGGCAACAAUGGUGUUCGUCGCCUUGAAGAAGUUUUCCAAAAACUUCAGGGAAGUACUUCAAGCGGUGUCCAAUUCCUCACACUGGCCAACAACUGGAUGAGGGCUAAUGAGUGCCAGCCGAUGGAUCUCAUCCAUUGGCUACAGCAAUGUCCCUUCAGUAAUCUCAAGUUAUCCAGUGUGUUUGAUACUCCAUACGGUAAUUCAACUCAUCAAUCAGUCCAUACUCCAUACGGUAAUUCGACUCAUCAAUCUCAUCAAUCAGUCCAUACUCCAUAUGGUAAUUUGACUCAUCAAUCAGUCCCAUAUAGGCGGAUCAAAAAAAAAUCAGUCCCAGCCGAGCAAAAAAGAAAAAAGAAAUGAGUCCCAGCCGAGCAAAAAAAUAAAAUAAAAUCAGUCACAUGUAGAAGUGUUGUCAUAGAAUAUAAUUCUCCUACUUGUGAAGCUACCUUGGAUGAUGGUUCCGCUUGCAGAAGGCAGCCGGUUGAAGGUAGAAAAAGGUGUUGGCAGCAUAAAGGUAUGUGGGGCUAUGACACUGGAGGAAGUUCAUCAGAUAUAUGUGCGGCUAGCACAGCGUAUGGAUCCAUCUGCCGUAGAACACCCGUCUAUGGAAGGGAGAGGUGUGAGAAGCACAGAGGCAAAAGGGCCGCCUUCUGAGUUAUGUACAUAGAUUCAAGUUCAAGUGUCUGGUACGGGUAUCUAUAUAAGUGUCUGGUACCUGUCUAUUCGUGCUAAAUAAAACCAUGGCCUAUUACCUUUGGAAGGUAAAUCAUACUUAGCUAUUACCUAGCUUGCUAAUGUGUAAGGUUUUCCAUGCCGUAGACAUUUGAAGUCAGGUCAUUCGUAGAGUUCUGCUGAGUGGUUUACUAGGUCUAUUAAUGUCUGUAUUGUGACUUGUAAAAUGUCCUGCAUUUCUGUAAAUGCAACUUUCUAUUGUGCUUUGUGAGAUGUUAUCUUGUUGAAUGGACCAACUCAGCAUUCGGAUGA